GCCGGCGGGAGCUGCGGCUGUGACUGAGCCAAGGGGGCACCCAGCGUCGGCGGGGUCCGUUGCCGCAGCACCAUGGCGGACCAGCUUUAUCUGGAAAACAUAGACGAGUUCGUCACGGACCAGAACAAAAUCGUGACGUACAAGUGGCUGAGCUAUACACUGGGGGUUCAUGUUAACCAGGCCAAACAGAUGCUGUAUGAUUAUGUUGAAAGAAAACGAAAAGAAAAUUCAGGAGCCCAACUGCAUGUCACCUACUUGGUAUCUGGCAGUCUCAUCCAGAAUGGACAGUCUUGCCACAAGGUUGCAGUAGUGAGAGAAGACAAAUUGGAAGCAGUGAAGUCCAAGCUAGCCGUGACUGCCAGCAUCCAUGUGUACAGCAUCCAGAAAGCCAUGCUAAAGGACAGUGGGCCUCUGUUCAAUACUGACUAUGACAUCCUUAAAAGCAACUUGCAGAACUGCAGCAAGUUUAGUGCCAUACAAUGUGCAGCUGCUGUCCCCAGACCUCCUGCAGAAUCCUCAUCUUCCAAAAAGUUAGAACAAUCGAAUCUUCAGGUAUCAAGUGAACCACAAGUGAAUAAUGAACCAACUGCCAAUGGUCAGGGCCCACCUACCUCCAAACCGGUUACCCAGCAACCCAAAGGAAUUAUGGGAAUGUUUGCUGCUAAAGCUGCUAUUAAAGCCCAAGAUGCCAACAAGGAAACCAAAACAGAGGCUAAAGACAUAACAAAUGCAUCUUCCACAGGCAACAAGGCACCCGGGAAAGGCAAUGUGCUGAGUAACUUUUUUGGAAAAGCUGCAAUGAAUAAAGUGAAUUUGGAUUCAGAACAAACAGUGAAAGAAGAAAAAACAGCAGAGCAAUCUCCUGUGUGUGUCCCUGAACCGAAGCUGGCAGCUCCUGUAGGCCUGAAGAAUCCCAGCAGAAAAGCAGAGCUUGUUAAGAUGCAGCAGAAGGAAAAAAAAAGGGGGAAGCGAGUAGAGUUAUCUGACGAUGAGACGAAGGAAACUGAGAAUAUGAAGAAGAAGAGGAGAAGAAUCAAGCUUCCUGAUUCUGAUAGCAGUGAAGAUGAAGUCUGCCUAGACUCUCCUGGGGCAUAUGAAGCUGAACCGUCACCCCCACCUCCACCUGUGUCUCCACCUCCUGAGCCAGUGCCAAAGACUGAACCUGAGCCUCCUUCCAUCAAGAACUCAAGAGGAGAAAACAGAAGAAAACGAAGGCGUGUUCUGAAAUCGAAGACCUUUGUGGAUGUAGAAGGCUGCAUGGUGACCGAGAAGAUCUACGAGAGUGAGUCCUGCACAGAUAGUGAAGAGGAGCUGAAGGUGAAGACAGCCUCUCUACACAGACCCCCUGCCGUGGCUUUGAAAAAGGAACCCAAAGAGGAACGAAAGGGCCCCAAGAAAGGGACUGCUUCUCUGGGCAAAGCCAACAGACAAGUGUCCAUCACUGGCUUCUUCCAGAGGAAAUAAACUGCCAUUUCUGGGAGGCCAGAGAUUUGGAGUGGUCAAGGGAAGAGACCAAGAAGUACUGACUUUCACUUACUGUGUAAGUUCAGCCAGCUCCUCGCCUCACUUAUAUCAAGACUAUAUUUCCAUCCUGUGAGGUGUAUACUAUUUCUGGUUUUUAACCAA